AUGGUGAAGAGGCAACGAUCGGGUUCCCCGUGGGGCGCGGAGGACGCGAAAUCCAACGGCAGCAGGAGCAAUAGUAGGAGUAACGGCCAUCACAACAACAACAAUGGUAAUAAUAAUAAUAACAACAACAAUAAUGACGUGUAUGAUACUUCUAGUCGGGAAGGAUCUGUACAUGUUUCUGCAACAAAAGAAUCACUGGGAGUAUUUGUAUGGAAUGAGGUUGGUAUAAUGCCCUACACUUGCUUGUUGAAAUACCUGCACUACACCUGCGGUUGCCUCGCCAUUGAGCGCGUGAAACACUCUAAACAGUGUUUAAUAGAUAAACUACACACACGCAUAAUGACUUUUUGGAAUAGAGAAAUCGAUUCUUUUAGUACAACAAAACAGCAAGAGCUUAAUGAUAUCUUUCAUCCACAUAUGAAUGCCAUGAUGGAACGUUUAUCAUCCUUAGCUUCUAGUGAUAUGACAGCAGGGGAACUUUGUCGUGCAUUUUUACAAAUGCUUGAAGUUUUUGGAUUUCCUGAAGAAGAAAAUGUGGAGGAGGCGCAGUUAGUCGCCAAUGUACGCAAAGCUGCUGAGCUGCAUGCCUAUUCAUAUCACAAGCGUACAUCACAUCACUUGAGUGUUCUGCCGCGAUAUGAGGGUGAUAGACGCACGGAGGAGCAACACCGUCUGCCCCGGGCUGGUCGUGUGGUGCACUUUCCCUGUCCACAUCCACAUCCGGAUGUAAAUACUAGUAUUCAACUGAUUGAGCCAAAGAAGCGACGACCACCACUAGACGAAAACCGCAUUUUUUCACAUCCAAAGAAGGCAACAUCAUCAGGAAUGGAAGAUUUUCUCGUGGAUGAGGAAUUACAGUAUCGUGCUCUUGUGGUUCUCGGACGACAUCUUGACUCAUUUGGUUCACUUCAACACCUCUCACCGUUUCUUCGUUUUGUGUUAUGGAAUAUUCUAGAUAGAGAUGAGGAAUUAUUCGAUACGCUUGGUGUAGCUGAUUCCUUAGGUAGUGAUAAGGGAACACAACUAAAACAUCAACAACAACAAGAAAAAAUAGAAACUUUACGACGUCGUGUAGCGGAGAAGCGUACAGCCUUUGAUGCUACUCGUACAGUUGCCCGUGAAUCUGCUGUUCGUAUUGGAUGGUGGGCAGUGAGUGCACAUUGGCGUGAUCAAGUGUUGCGAGUUGUGGAAGAUGGUGAAGAUGCCGAUUGGUAUCUCUUACGUGAUUCAGCAAAAACUGGUUCACAAGCUAUUUUUCCAAACUAUGCGGUUACUUCUAUUAUUAAAGAUACUGUCUUAAAGGCACUUCGUCGUGUGCGGGAUGGUUAUGUAGACUGUGGUGUGGAAGAUACAUCUGAGUGUUAUGAUGUUAUUACACAAGUAUUAUUUCCACUACUAGAGGGUACCGCACCUUCUAUACCUGAUUACUUUCUUAGUGACGAUACAUCAGAUGAAAGUGAUUCUAGUCAGCAAAAAGAAAAACGAAAAGAACAACGACGACGACGACAAGAAGAAUAUCAAGAACUUAGAAGCCGUGUUAAAAGUCUUAUGGAACUAAAAGGAGAAUCAUCUCAACAACAGUCUGUAGAGGAAAUAGCACGAAGUACACGUUGGAAUCUUGACUGUGUUCCUUUAUUACCACAGGAUGAAUCAACAUGUGCAUUUCUUUCAGAUAUGUUUGUUUGGCCUUUACAAUGUCUAGCAUCACUUUUAGAACAAAUGGCUAUGGCGCGUUACUCAGGGGAUGGUCUUAAAAAGUUUGUUGCUGCCUUUAUUCAAUCCAAUUGGAGUGAUGAGGAAUCUGUUCUUGAGUUUCUUAUACGACGUGAACCAACAAACAUCUCACUCGCUUCAUUCGUUGGGUUUCCACGUCUUGUGCGGGAUGUCUACACAUCAGCACAUUGGCUACGUAAUGAUAAAUACUUUAGUGUUGUGGUAGAAUGUCGUAGUCAAGGUUGUGCGAUGCCUACUGGGACUGUAGCAUCUAACUAUCUACAGUGGCGAACUCUCUCUUCUAUACUUGGCACACUUGAUUACAAUGAUGAUGUCCUUGCGCUUACAGUUCGCGGGGCAACACCAAACGCAGUGGCGGAAGGUAAAUUAUGGAGUGUGGCUGAACUACAGUCUAUGCCCAGAACACCUGUGGAAGGUGUUGUUCUUAUGCUAGCACCUGAGAAAGAUCCUCUUUCUUCUUAUUCUUCAAAUGUCGUAGAUGCUGAGGCUUCUCAUGAUGAUGAUGAUGAUGAUGAUGAUACUGUAGCUGCAGCCUCCGAAAAGGAGAAGGUGGAGGUGAAAGAAAAGUAA